AUGGUGGGCUUGCCCUUCCCAUCCCUGCUGGCUCUGCUGCUGGCCUUCGCCUUGGAGACCGCUGCCCAAGGAGCCCAGGGGGACAAGAGUGGGGAGAAGAUUAUCGAUGGUGCCCCGUGUCCGGGAGGCUCUCACCCCUGGCAGGUGGCAUUGCUCCGGGGUGACGAACUGCACUGCGGGGGCGUGCUGCUCAGCGAGCGCUGGGUGGCCACCGCUGCCCACUGCAUGAUGGACUCCCCCAGAAGACGCCCUGUCCCACCUGACAGCCCUGAUGUUCCAACAGGCACCAUGGUGGGCUUGCCCUUCCCAUCCCUGCUGGCUCUGCUGCUGGCCUUCGCCUUGGAGACCGCUGCCCAAGGAGCCCAGGGGGACAAGAGUGGGGAGAAGAUUAUCGAUGGUGCCCCGUGUCCGGGAGGCUCUCACCCCUGGCAGGUGGCAUUGCUCCGGGGUGACGAACUGCACUGCGGGGGCGUGCUGCUCAGCGAGCGCUGGGUGGCCACCGCUGCCCACUGCAUGAUGGAUGAGUACAAUGUGCAAGUUGGCAGUGACACGCUGGGUGACAGGAAAGCGCAGAAGAUCAAGGCCUCGAAGUCGUUCCGCCACCCUAGCUACUCCACGCAGACCCACGUUAACGACAUUAUGCUUGUGAAGCUCAGCCGCACAGUCCGGAUGUCGUCCACUGUGAAGAAGAUCAACCUGCCCAGACGCUGCGAGCCCCCCGGAACUACCUGCACCGUCUCAGGCUGGGGCACCACCACCAGCCCUGACGUGACCUUCCCCACGCAGCUCAUGUGCACGGACGUCAAGCUCAUCUCCCCCGGGGACUGCAGGAAGGUGUACAAGGACAUGCUGGGGGACUCCAUGCUGUGCGCCGGCAUCCCCGACUCCAAGACCAACACCUGCAACGGCGACUCCGGGGGUCCACUGGUGUGCAAAGGUACCUUACAAGGUCUGGUGUCCUGGGGGACUUUCCCCUGUGGCCAACCCAAUGACCCUGGUGUCUACACUCAAGUCUGCAAGUAUGUCAAGUGGAUAAACGACACCAUGAAAAGGCACUGAUGACGCGCCGGGGACUACGCGGCGGCUGUCCACACCGAAAAAUCGCAGAACCGACACCGAUGACCUAGACGGCCCUGGGUGACUUCGCCUAUCCUCCAAGGCAAAUGAAAGCCCCAGCAACGAGCCAUGUUUGUGAACCGACCGAAUUAACAGUCAAACAAGGAAAGAGACAUCACAACCUUAGUGCCGGUGAAGACGCAGCGAGACCGGUCCUCUCAAACAGCGCGGGUGGAAAUUCACACGAUCCGUGGACGGCACUUUGACGACAUGAAUCAAGACCCUUACUGACACCUUCGACCUAGUAAUUCAGGUUCUAGGAAGAGGUGACCGAAAACAAAAAACAAACAAACCAAAAAGUGGAGUAAGGCGAGAAUUCGCCACGCAGUAAUCAGGCUAGAAAGGAAAUCACUAAGCAUGUGCCGAGGAGUGGCUUACAGCAGGCCUGCUUGGCACGAGGAUAGCACGGAGUUACCGAAAUAAUACUUGGGCAG